AUCAGUCCAAGGACAUCAUCAGCCUGGUAAGGGGGGAAGUUUGAUCCUCUUUCUCACGGAUCGCAGUCAACGGGAGUUUUUUUUCCCUCCCAGCUCCUUUACAUAGGAUUUUUCCCCUCAUUUUUUGGCUUUUUUAUUUUUUUAAUUUCUAGGAUCCUUUUUGCUCAACGUGGUAAAUCUCAGCGCAGUGGUCUGUAGCCCACCGCGCUCCGCUCAAACUGGAUUUUAAUUUGAUUUUCUGUUUCCCACCCGACUCCUGAGUUUGCUUCGAGCUUCAUGACUAUGCUUCUAGAUAGCGGUCCGCAGUUCGCAUCGUUAGGAGUGGGGGGCUUCGGGACGCCACGGCAUCACGACAUCGGGAACAGGGACCCGGGUCUGGGACUGAAUCCCUUCUCUGAUUCCUCCCACUCCGCGGCUUUCAAAAUCAGCCCCGUGGCGCACGACAUCGCAUCCAGCCAGACAUCAGCUUUCACUCCGCAGGCGACGGGAUACGCGGCCGCUUUGGGACACUCGCACGGCGGGCAGGUGGGCUCAUAUGGCGGGGGAGCGUUCAACUCGACGCGGGACUUUCUCUUCCGGAACCGGGGCGUCGGAGAGUCCCCAGCUCCGAGUGCCCAGCAUGGGAUCUUUGCAGCCUCGACGGGGAGUCUGCACGGGCCGCCCGGGAUCCCCGACAACCCUGGACAUUUGUUGUUCCCUGGACUUCACGACCAGGGAGUGAGCCACACUUCUCCGAGCGGACACGUUGUAAACAGCCAGAUGCACCUCGGCUUACGCGGGGACAUUUUCGGAAGACCAGACCCGUACCGGCCGGUGGCGAGCCCCCGGACGGACCCGUACGGUGCUCAGCUGCACAACUACAACCACCCGAUCAACAUGAACAUGGGCAUGAACGUGCCGACGCACCACGGUCCGGGGGCCUUCUUCAGAUACAUGCGGCAGCCGAUCAAGCAAGAGCUGUCCUGCAAAUGGAUAGACGAGAACCAGAUGAAUAGACCCAAAAAGACGUGCGACAGGACGUUCAGUACCAUGCACGAGAUGGUCACGCAUGUGUCCAUGGAGCACGUCGGCGGCCCCGAGCAGAGCAACCACGUCUGCUUCUGGGAGGACUGCCCGAGGGAGGGCAAGUCCUUUAAGGCCAAGUACAAACUCGUCAACCACAUCCGCGUGCACACGGGCGAGAAGCCGUUCCCGUGCCCGUUCCCUGGAUGUGGGAAAAUAUUUGCCCGGUCGGAAAAUCUGAAAAUCCACAAAAGAACGCACACAGGUGAGAAGCCGUUUAAGUGUGAAUUUGACGGCUGCGACAGACGCUUCGCCAACAGCAGCGACAGGAAAAAGCACAUGCAUGUGCACACGUCAGACAAGCCAUACAUCUGCAAAGUGUGCGACAAGUCCUACACACACCCCAGCUCUCUCAGGAAACACAUGAAGGUACAUGAGUCUCAAGGUUCGGAAUCUUCCCCGGCAGCGAGCUCCGGAUAUGAAUCGGCCACUCCACCGGUGCUGGUCUCAGCGAGCACCGAGGACCCGACAAAAACACCGCCGUCAGCCGUGCAAAACACGCCUGGUCACAGUGAAGGACUGCCGCCCAACUUUAACGAGUGGUAUGUUUGAAGUCGUGAGGAGUGGAGCCUCUCCCUGCAGUUUGGACCAUGAAGAUGAACGAGGAGUGACUUAAAAUAAAACCAUUUUCUCUCCCAUACACACUCUUGCGCGCACACCCCCCCCCCCCCCCCCUCUCUCUCUCUCUCUCACACACACACACACACACACACACACGCAUACAAACAAAUGGGACUGGAACAACAACAACAUGGAGAUGAGAGCAAAAGCCAGCACCAAGCAGGCCACGUCCGUUCUCAGGAUCACGGAAAAAAUGACUUUAUUCCGCAGUUUUAAAACAAAUCAUCCACGACUAAAUAAACUUUCUGAUUACAAUUUUUUUUCUUUUUAUUUUUAAUCUUUUAGUUUACAGAUUUCAGAAAGCUUGUUUUAUUUUUUUCAUUUUAUGUAUUUUCUCAAAUUUUUAUUUAAGUAAGAAAAAAAAAGUAAUGAAAAAAAUGAAAGAUUAUUUCACGCUGUUUUAUAUGACGGUAACGUCGCCUCCUUCGAUUGAUUGUUGAAACUUCAAAAACAGUCUUAAGAAACGUGCCAAAGUCUUUGUCAUGAACUUGAACGCAGAUUUAAAAAACAGAAAAAACAAACAAAAAAAAAACUGAAAAUCCUAAAUAAAUAUUAUACUCGUGAAUGUAUUUUUUUCCUUGUUUGAUGGGGUCGCAUCUGUUGUCAACGUCCGUUUUCAGGUGGAGACAUGUGGUAUUAGGUUUACGAUUGUUACCGUUGAAUAUAACGUUGCCUUUUGUUUAUACCGUUGUAAAUACAUAUCCAUGAUGCCAUAUUUAUCGAUUUGUAAUUUAAUUAUGGGUAUAAGUUCUGAAACUUAAAUGAUAUUUAUGGAAAUGUUUUUUCUAACAAGAUCUGUACAGUUUUUGGUCAUAACCAGCUUAACAUUGAACAAAUGAUAAACUCUUCUUUAAGCUCCAACAUCGCGAUUGUAUCCUUCUGUUUUCCUCUUCUUAACAGAAAUAGGCCUACAUGUGUCUUAUUUGGACCGAAUAGAAAAAAAAAACAUCUAUAUGAAUAUUAUGGAUUUGUCUAUAUAUAUUGCAGAUAUUUCAGUCACUUUUAUUUCCUUAUGAGACCAUUGACAUGUAUGAAAAAAAAAAAAACAUUGACUGUCUAGAACUGAGUUCAGUUGAGCUGAAACGCUUCCAAGCGGUUCUUUUUAUAUAUUUGGUUCAGUUUAAACUUUUUUGUGGAUUUUUUUUUUUUAUAGGAUCAGCAAUAGAUGUCAAAUCUUAGAGGAGAAAAUAAGAUUUUAAAAAAGAAUGAACCCAUCAGCCUAUUCCACUCCUAUAUAUACAGAUCUUAGACGAGUUGUGCGCAGUUCAUGAUUAUCCAAAUCGAGUAUUUUUCAGUAUUCAUUUCAAUUUGAGGGGGUCAAGCACCCGAAAAAAUACGCCUGUAUGGCAAACUUUAUAGUUCCAGCAAAUGUCUUUGUGCGAAGUAGCCUCUGUUUAAAUGUCUGCAUCGGCAACAAUUGAACUGUCACGAUACAGUAUCUUCAAAAAUAAAAUAAGUUAUGUUUUUUUUUUGUCUGUCAGCUUGCAUUGUUUUAAAUGUAACUCUUCUGUGAAACUAAAUCGUGUUAUUUGUUGUGGUGUUGCAUAUAGAGCAGUUUUGAUUACACAUUUUUGCUUGUUUUUUGUGUGAAUAACUUGUCAAGAUGACCUUUUUUCUUUUUGUUGUGUUUAACAAAAAAAAAUAGUGGAAGGGAAAUUGGAGGGAGAACACGUUCAGUGGCGACAAAAAGAGUUACAGCAUUGCAUUGUAACCUAUUCUCAAGAAUUAAAUAUUAUGCAUACACAAAGUAUAUUGUACUCUUACGAGAACAAUUUUCAGACCACCAGCACUACUUUUAAAAAAAUAAAAUGUAAAAAAGUGAAACGGUACCUCUUGACAGUGAUAUAUGAAAUGACUUUAUUUAAAUAAUUUAAGGAGUAUAUGUUUUAUAUGCUAUUUUCUAUACCUUAAUUUAAAAAAAGAAGUACAUUUUCUUAUUCCCGCCACCUUCCUGCCCCCAUGUCCAGAGGUCGGAGGAAAAUAUCUGAUGUAUAAAAACACAGCUAGAAUGUGAUGUUGUAACACUUUGUGGGAGGGAAAAAAAUGGGUCACACUCCGAGUUAUUCCUGAAGAGCAAAACUGUAUCACUGAUGAACUGUGUCACUGUGCCACAUCGAGGCAAACUAUGUUACAACAAACAGGCCUAUACGCGCUUAGAGCCUACCUAGAGUCAGACGUUUCCUUGUACUUUUUAGGCUACUGUAUGUUGGUUGGUUUGUUCUGCCAACUAUUUAUGAACAAAUGUGAACGGAAAUUUUGAUUGAAAUUAAAAACAAACAUUAUGAAAAAAGCGA